AUGUCCUCGUCCGCCAGCAGCGGCCACCAGCCCAUCCAGAGCCGCGCCAUCCCCACCCGCACCGUGCCCAUCAGCGACUCCGCGCAGCUACCUCAUGACUAUUGCACCACGCCCGGGGCGACCCUCUUCUCCACCACACCAGGAGGAACUCGAAUCAUUUAUGAUCGAAAAUUUCUGUUGGAUCGUCGUAAUUCUCCCAUGGCUCAGACCCCGCCCUGCCAUCUACCCAAUAUCCCAGGAGUCACUAGCCCUGGCACCUUAAUUGAGGACUCCAAAGUAGAAGUAAACAAUUUGAACAACUUGAACGAUCAUGACAGGAAGCAUGCAGUUGGGGAUGAUGCUCAGUUUGAGAUGGACAUCUGACUCUCCUGCAAGGAUUAGAAGAAAAGCAGCAACGCUGAUACUUGUGUGUACCUGAUUUGCCAAUGGGAUCAACAAUGAAAAGAAGAGGCAAUACCAGCAGUCCCGUUGUGGUCGCCACCUCCCUCGCGUGCCAAAUGAUGGAAGAUGAGUGUCGUCUGACCAAAUUCUUCUCCCUGUUUCCUGUUCCCAUUCCUAGUUAGACAGACUAGAUUGAAGGCCCUUGGUGUACUUCUGUAGAGCUAAGCAGCCCAUAGAGGAAAACAUUAAACUGUGGCUUCCCUGGUCAUUUUUUAUUGAGAACUAACCCCUUCAGAUGUAUCCCAGAUCAAAUAUCAACCUACCAACAACUGCCUGGCUGGGAAGUCUGGGGGAGGGAUACAGAGGUGUGUGGGUUCAUCUUCAUUCAUGUUCCUUACCCUCUGUCUCUCCUCCUUGUAUCCCACCUCUGGUUCAGCGCUGCGAGAGUCUGGUUUGGGAUCUUUAAAAUCAUCAGGGAGAAAUGAUAAAAAGAGAGCUGCUUUCCCUUUUACCUGAGAUGUUUGUCCUUAGGGAUAGCACAGUUGGUGUAACUCCCGCAGCUUAUCUUGUGACACUGUUUUGAGGUCCAUUUCCCUUUGCUCUGGGAGGAAUGUCUUCCCAUUCCUUUCCUUUUAAACCCUUUACAUCAGAAGGGAGCCCUUGGUAACCAGCUUUGGUCUUCUUCUGUCAUUCCUCCCUGCUUGCAUCUUGUUGCAGGGAGAGUCCUUUUGUACUUUGAGAUAUCUAGGUGAUUUUGUCUGCUCCCAAAGCAGGUCCAUACCAAGUAAUAGAGGCACCGUGGCCUCCACUUGGUGCAUUAGGCCUGAUCAUAGUAUUCUGCCAGACAGUACUUAAAAAUGACCUUGGAACAGUGUUGACCAAUUUGAGUGCCCAGUCUCAGUAAUUAUUUUUAAGUCCAUUGAGCAUUGUGAUAUUUGUUCUUGGAUUGCAGUUUCCUAUGUUUUGAACUUAAAGUUGAUUUUCAGAAUGUUUCUAGAAAAUAACUAUUUUUUUUCCUUUAUGGACCUGUUUUGUUUGGCUGCUGGGAUAGAUAAGCAUGGGCUU